AUGCCCAUGGAUCCCAAGCAGCCUCCUUCGCCUGAAAUCACGGAAGGCCUAUCGGAAGGUCGUCAAGAUGGCUCCAGACCGAGCACUGAUUUCUACUGGCGCGGGCUGAGAUUACCCAAAUACCCUUUCGCGGCGCUGGCUUUCUUUGCCGGUUCUCUCUACAACAAACUGGGUAUUCGAAUCUGUCUCAUGUUCGGCGGAUUCGGCUACGCGUGCCUAUCGUCUGCGUAUCUCUGUACAAAGCAUAUCGGGAACAGAGCUACACCAUUCAUUGUUGUCGCUGGCUGCAUUGAGGGUCUCUCUGCAGCAAUGCUCUGGACCGCGCAAGGUGCUGUCACGAUGGCGUACCCGACCGAGGGCGAAAAAGGAAAGGCUUUCUCGCUUUUCUGGACCAUGUAUCAAUGCGGUGGCACCAUCGGCUCCAUCAUUCCAAUCUGUCUGAACUGGAACUCUACCCAAGGAAGCUUAUCCGAUGCAACAGUAGUGCGUUCAGAUGGGACUAAAGUUGUGCUUCCCAAGCACCCGACCUGGAAAUCUGAGCUCACUGGGCUUUACAAGACGCUGAUCACUGAAAAGUGGAUUGUCACUCUUUUUCCCUUUUGGGCAGCGAGCAACUGGUUUUACACGUACCAGAACAACGACUUCAACGCGCCACAUUUCACAAUCCGUACCCGGUCAUUCAAUGGGCUCUGGUCAAAUUUCUUCAAUAUGCUGGGUGUGUGGUUCAUGGGAAUUUUUUUGGAUCUCAGAUCAGAGAAGUACAGCCGUAAAAUUCGCGCACGCUGUGGCCUGAUAUUCAUUUUCGUCGCCACCAUGGGGAUCUGGGGUGGUGGAUGGUACUUCGUCAAGCCCGGCGGGCCUUUCGAGAUCCGCGGUCAGCUACCAGACCCGCUCCUGGAUGUAACCCAAUCCUCCCGCUAUGCCCCUUACCUCAUCAUGUACAUCGCCUACGCCUUCUACGACGGCGCCUACCAAUCCUACGCCUACUGGCUCAUGGGCGCGCUGUCCAACGACUCGGCCAAAUUGGCACGCUAUUCCGGCUGGUACAAGUCGAUACAGUCGGCCGCGGCCGCCGUCGUCUGGCGCCUGGACGGCCUGCGCACGCCGUACCGCACCAUGUAUCUGAGCACGUGGAUCUUCCUGAGCGUGGCGUGCGUCACGACGACGUACGUGGGAUUUUGGAGGGUGCGGGACAGCUCGAACGAGCGAGAAGUGGAAGGCAGGGUGACGGAUGGUGUAGAUCCGGAAAUGGAUCAGGGCAUGGAAAGGGGGGACUUGGUGGCGCAAGCGGGGAAGGGUGAGUCGGAGGGACGAUCGAAGGGCCAGCUGGAAGCAAGUCAAUCUUGA